AUGAAGGCCAUCAGAAUCCCGCGGAAUUGAAAAGAGUAGCGAAAAUUGCCGAGGAAGACAGCUUCUUGAAAAAUAGCAGAAAAUUGCCAUGGACGAUGUCGAUCGUCUGUUUGAAUGCUUCAAAUGUGGCGUUACUCCUCCUGAAUCUGCAAUUAGAGAGAGAAAAACAAGUGUGAGUAGACUGAAGCCAGAGAAUUCAAGUUUGAAGAACAACGAGUCACCAAGUUCAGCAAGACAAGGCGAGAAGAAAACUGUGGAUGAAUGUGGGAAAUCAGAAAGUGGUGUGUCAGUGACAAAUAAAACAAACAAACUCAUUGCUGGCAGGCAGCUUUCUCCGGGUGUGUUCUAUGGAUCACCACAUGGAGUGCCUCCAAAGAGGCCAUCCAGUUUACUCCGAGUAUUGCGUGAAAUACACCUUGAUUUUUCUGGAAGACGUAAAUCCAACUUAAGGAAGCAAAUAUGGGCUACAUUUCCGAAGCAGGAUGAUGCUAUAAAAUUUGCAAAAGAAGAAACCAAUGUUCGCAUAUUCAGCUACCAAGAUCAUUUCAGUGGUCAAAGAAGAUUCCUUGUUUCUACCUAUCAAGAGUUUUGGAGAAGGUACAAGAAUAUGGACUCGAAGUCACGUCAUCAUUAUGAGGUGAUUCAAGAGGGCUUCCCUUGUCAUCUAUACUUUGAUCUAGAGUUCAAUAGAUUGGAGAAUACAGAUAGAGAUGGUAAUCAAAUGGUCGAUCUUCUUUUGCUGGUCAUAUUUGAGGCAUUAGAUGAGAAAUAUCAUAUACAAGGAGAAGAAGAUUGGGUUGUAGAACUCGAUUCCUCCACUGAAGAAAAAUUCUCUCGCCAUUUGGUGCUGCGUAUUCCGAAAGCUGCGUUCAAGGAUAAUUCUCAUGCUGGUGCUUUUGUUUCUGAGUUGUUCUCAAGAAUUCAUAAAGCGAAGGAGAAGGAUGAGAGAUUUCACCAACUCUUUAUUUCGAAAGAUUCUAGCUCUGCAGGACCUUCAAUGCAACUGUUUGUGGAUAAUGCUGUAUAUUCAAGAAAUCGUUGUUUCCGCUUAGCUCUAUCAUCAAAAGCUGGGAAGACGUCUGUGCUUCUGCCUACUGGACGUUUCAAGUGUAAGGGCAUGUAUGAAGAAGACGUUUUCAUGGCAUCUUUGAUCUGCAAUAUAGAUAAUGACUGUGAAAAGCUUUUAGUGUGCAAAAUGGAGUUGGACUGUAUCAAAACUCUGCAGUUUGAUACCGAGGUUAAUAUUACUAGUAGGAGACCUUUGAGUGCGCUUCAAGAAUUCACAUCUAAUGCUUUUAGAAAUGAUGUUUCGAGAACUUACCUAAUGGGAGCUUCUCCAUUUCCUGCCCUGGAUGCAUUCAUAGAAUCUGUUGCUUCUUUUGGAGCAGUGACUGGAAAGAUCCGAAGCUGGUAUUGGUUUUCUGAGUACGGUUUGUUGGUCUACAGUAUGUCAAAGAGCAGAUACUGUGGACGGAUUGGUCGAGAACACAAAAGUAAUCAUGUUAUGUAUGUGGCAGACCUACAGUGGGCUCUUUACUAUCAGAAAUGUUAUGAUCCUGACUGCCAAGGCUAUCGAUCUCCCUCCCGUCCCAUUCCACAUGAUUUAAUCCCUGAAAUUCCCAGUCUAGAAAACACAGGAGUUAUUGAUGGCUCUGAUAAUAAUAAGGAACAUAUGUUACUCGGUGGUCAUGAAAGCAUGAUAGACGGAGAUAAUGAUGAAAGUUGGUGGCUUGAAGCAGUGAAAGCUGCUGACAAUGUUGAAACUAUGGGAGAUUUAUUUAUCAGUACCACGGAUAAUGAUAAUAAAGAUGAUGGCGAAUGGUGGAUGGAAGUUGAGAGGACUGCAUCUCAGGCUGAAUUAAACUGCCACUGCUAAAGACAUGAUAUCGUUGCAUUUCUAGGUGUUCCCAUGCCUGUCCUCUUGCAAAGACUACUAGUGCUCCAUGCUCAUCAUUGGUGUGUGUUCCUGUGGAUUCCUCAGAAAAUAAGGUAAUUAUUACUCCUUUGAUCCUAAAUUCAUUUUCAAUCUCAGGAUUGUCAUGAAGUUUAGAAAUUAAUAGUUAAAAGUAGAACAAAAACAGAAAGAGAACGAAAGAUUAUUGGGAUGGAGAGAGAAAUGGGAAAAUUAACUAACUUGGAACUUGAGGUGGAUUGAGUAACCAAGUUCUCACAUUGUAGUGUCUGGAGAGGAGUUAUCCGGCACAGUUCCUCUAGAAAAUAACCUGAAUUCCCCUAUCUUCUACAACUAAUUAAGAGGGUAUUCUGCAACUCUGAAGGAAAUGUGUGACUAACUGCAGCUGUGGCUUCAUAGUGUAACAAAAGAGCUGCAGAGUCGAAAUGUCCUCGUAUAUUUGAAGUUGAAGCUUUUGCAGAUUGUAGAUGUCCUUUAUUCCUGUAUAGUUAGCAUCUAGGAGACCUUAACUAACAGAACAUUAGU